AUGCCGAGGCCUACUGCUGAGCAGGAAGAUCAUGCCGCGCUGCAACAGGUAGUAGUCAAACGCGCAAGCUCCCCCAAAAUUUCCAACCCCAUGAAAAGCAGGUGCGCUGACGCUGAGGCCGCAGCGCACAUGGAGCGAGACACAGGGGAAUCGCUUCAUGCACAUUCACAGGAAGAAGCAAAUCGCGUAGGGGAGGGCCGUAGUGCCCCGUUGGACGCUGCUCUCCCGCGGCCCAUUGUCAGCUCUUCUUCUUGCACUAACGGCGUUAGCCAUGCACACGGCCGGGGGUCGUUGGGCAAAUCAUCUGGUGGCAUUUCUGGUAGCUUUCAUGACCGCACUUUUCUUGUAGUGCAAGAUAACGUUGCAGGGGCCCCUCAGGUGUCCUCUGCCGACCUGCCGACCGCAGCAGACGACACCAGCAGCAGCGGCCAGCCCCAAGGUAAAUCAGGGGACUUUUCCCCCGUAUUGUCUUCGCCAUCAGGCUGCUCGAGCAUGGCGGUCACAACCCUCGGCGACGCAGAGGCCUCUAUUGCGGGGCUCUUGCACCCCCGUUGGGUGUGCCAGAGCAAGGAGGAUGUGCGCAAUCAUUACAUGGAGAUGCAGCGAAAACCCCAGACUCGAGAUGCACACUCUUUCAAGAGAACGCUUCACGACUAUAUGGUGUCGCUAUACGCAUGGGGCUGGUGUUGUGUGCCAUUUCGUUGGGACUGGCCUUGGCUCGGCGAACUGCUGCCUGCUGUGGUCUCGGGAUUUUUCAUACCAUUUUCUAUGGUUCCUACUGCAAUGACGUGUGCAGUUCUCUCGGGGCUUCCCCUCGCAUCUACUCUCAACAGUUGCUGGAUCCUCUGCCUUACGGUUGCGCUCUUGGGGGGCGCUCCUGGAACUGUUUGCACCAUUACGGAGGCGUUAACGACGGCUCUGGUGGCCACUGUCCGCGAGGAGUGCAACGGGGAUGAGUGCGUUUAUAAGGGUCGUGAAUUCGUGUUCCCCGCGGGCAUGCUGUGCGGAAUACUGCAGAGCCUGUUUGGCGCUCUGGGAUUUGGCCGGCUGGCCGCUCUGGUUCCGGUUGGCUCUAAAGUGGGCUACGUAAAUGCCGUGGCGAUCAUCAACUUUCGUUCUCAGAUGCACGCAUUCAAGUACGAUCCUCUAACGUCUACAGGUUAUGAGUGGAUUGUCGUGCUUGCGAUGAUCCUAGAGGUCUGGCUGAUCAUGCAUCUCUGGGGUAUGCUUGCUCCCUGGCCGCUGGGAAAAUACGUGCCUGCAUCCGCCGUGGCAUUGGGCAUGACUGUUUUCACCGAAUUCGUUGCUGUAAGGGGUUUGCUGCAUAUGAAAACGCGGACUGUCGGCGACGUAGGGGCCCUUUCCCAGGGUAGCAAUAUGCCCGCGCCUUUUUUUCUGUCCCCUGCGUUUGCGCCGCCAACGCGGGAGUUGCUCUCAGUAAAGGGCAUCUUUACGCUCAUUCAGGUGGCAACAACCCUUAUGGUGCUGUCCUCAAUAUCUACCGUGAUGGCGGUAGAAAAAAUACAGGAGAAGAGUCGGUGGACCUUCAGGAGAGACCGUCAGAUUGUUGCGCUGGGAACAGCCAACGCCAUCUCAUGCUUCCUUGGUUGCCUUCCGGGGGCAACUGCGAUGAUGUUGUCUCUGCUGGCUAACCGCAUGGGUGCAGAGGGCAAGGAGGGGCCUAUUUUAUCCGCUGUCUUUUUGUGCAUCUUCACGUCCGUGGCCUACCACGUUUUAGAUGUGUUUCCCUUGGGAGGCCUUAGUGGCGCCAUCAUGUACACUGCAGCAAGUGCUGUCAGCUGGAAAAUGUUUCCACCCCUCAUUGCGAGUUUCCUCCCCCGCUCCUUCUGCAAGAAGUACCGCUGCCUGCAGCAGAGAACUUCAAAAACUGAAGCAGCAGUCGUCCUGGCCACCACGAUCUUAGGGGCAACUUUCGACUUAGGAACGGCCCUUCUCAUUGGCAUCUUUAUAUCCCUGUGCUCUUUCGCUUGGCGCACCCUGCAAGCGGCAUCGGUCCACGUGCAAACGGACGAGGCAACAGGAAUCAGGUACUACUUCCUGAAUGGGCCCCUCGUAUAUGCCACGGCAAGGCGCCUCUCAAGCCUCAUGCAAGCGGAAACAUCGCCUAAGCGAUCGGUUGUCGUGCUGCAUGCAGCAACGGCCUCACCAGACCACUCCGUUUGCGUUGCCCUUGAGAGCAUCUGCCAAAAGCACAGAGAUGCAGGCAAAGAGGUGGCAUUUUAUGGUUCAGAUCUAAACGGGCCUCUCAUCGCGUUGCAAGCAGGCAGGACCCUAGAUGCAGACAGAGAAGCCAUCUUUUCCCGCAUGCAAGUUCCGUAUCCUAAGAAAAAAGGGACAGCUCAACCUGAACAGUAA